AGAAACAUUUACAUUUUUGUAGUAUUGUUAUGUCAGUGGAAGCCUGGGCUCCAAAGCUGCGAAGGGAAUUGACUACCAACUGUUCCAACAUGUCCCUAAAAAACAUUCCUACAGACAUGACCCCACCCACAACCACGGAUUUAUCCUAUAACCUUCUUUUUCAACUGGAGAGUUCAGAUUUUUAUUCUUUCUCCAAACUGAAAGUUUUGAUUCUAUGCCACAAUAGAAUCCAAGAGCUGAAUAUCAAAAUUUUUGAAUUCAACAAGGAGUUAAGAUUAGAUUUGUCUUAUAAUAGACUGAAGACUGUAACUUGGUAUUCACUGGAAAAUCUCAGACAUUUAGAUCUUUCUUUUAAUGACUUUGACACCAUUCCUCUCUAUGAGGACACCAGUGACAUGUCACACCUGGAAACCCUGGGGUUGAGUGGGGCAAAAAUUCAAAAAUCAGAUCUCCAGAAAAUUGCUCAUUUGCAUCUAAACACUGUCUUCUUAGGAUUGAGAACUCUUUCUCAUUAUGAAGAAGGUAGCUAACCCAUCUUAAACACAACAAAACUUCACAUUGUUUUACCACUGAACACAAAUUUCUGGGUUCUUUUGCAUGAUGGAAUCAAGACUUCAAAAAUAUUAGAAAUGACAAAUAUAGAUGGCAAGAGCCAAUUUGUACAUUAUGAAAUUCAAUGGAAUCUUAGUGUAGAGAAUGCCAAGACAUCUAUUCUACUACUUAAUAAAGUUGAUUUACUCUGGAAUGACCUUCUCCUUAUCUUCCAAUUUGUUUGGCACACAUCUGUAGAAUACUUCCAGAUCCAAAAUAUGACUUUUGGAGGUAAGGUUUAUCUCAAUCACAAUUAAUUUGACUACUCAAAUACUGUAAUGAGAGCUAUAAAAUUGGAGCAUGUACAUUUAAGAAUUUUCUUUAUUCCACAGGAUAAAGUCUACUUGCUUUUUACCAAAAUGGAUAUAGAAAACGCAACAAUAUCAAAUGCACAGAUGCCACACAUGCUUUUCCCUAAUUAUCCUACAAGAUUCCGAUAUUUAAAUUUUGCUAAUAAUAUCUUAACAGAUGAACUGUUUAAAAGAACUAUCCAGUUGCCACAUUUGACAACUCUCAUUUUGAAGGACAAUAAACUGGGGACACUUUCCUUAGUGAGUGGCUUUGCUCACAACACACCCUUGCAGCAUUUGGACCUGAGCAAAAACCUAUUACAACACAAAAAUGAUGAAAAUUGCUCAUGGCCAGAAAUCUUGGUCACCAUGAACCUGUCAUCCAAUAAAUUUGAUGAUUCUGUUUUUAGGUGCUUGCCCAUAAGUAUUCAAAUGCUUGACCUAAAUAAUAACCAAAUUCAAACUAUCCCCAAAGACACUAUUUAUCUUAAGUCCUUACAAGACCUAAAUGUUGCAUUUAAUUUUCUAACAGAUCUCCCUGGGUGCAGUCAUUUCAGUCAACUCUCAGUUCUGAACAAUGAAAUGAACUUAAUCCUCAGCCCAUCUCUGGGUUUUUUUCAGAGCUGCAAGGAGGUUAAGACUGUAAAUGCAGGGAGAAAUCCAUUCUGGUGCACCUUUGAAUUAAGAAAUUUCAUUUAGCUUGAAAAACAUUUGGAGGGCAUGGUGGCUGGAUGGUCAGAUUCAUACGUCUGUGAAUACCCUUUAAAUCUUAAGGGGAUUUGGUUAAAGGAUGUUCAUCUUCCCAAAUUAUCUUGCAACAUAGCUUUGUUGAUUGUCACCAUCAUGGUUAUCAUGCUAGUUGUGGAGAUAGCUAUGGCCUUCUGCUGUCUCCACUUUGAUCUACCCUGGUAUUUCAAGAUGCUCGGUCAGUGAGUACAAAUGUGGCACAGGAUUAGGAAGACAAACAAGAAACAACUCAAGAGAAAUGUCCAAUUUGAUGCAUUUAUUUCAUAUAGUGAUCAUGAUUCUCCCUGGGUAAAGAAUGCAUUGAUCCCUAGUCUAGAGAAAGAAGAUGGUUCUGUCUUGAUUUGCCUUCACAAGAGAAACUUUGACCCUGGCAAGAGCAUUAGUGAAAAUAUCAUAAGCUUCAUUGAGAAAAGCUUUAAGUCUAUCUUUGUUUUGUCUCCCAACUUUGUCCAGAGUGAGUGGGGCCAUUAUGAAUUCUACUUUGCCCACUAUGACUUUUUCCAUGAAAAUUCUGAUCAUAUAAUUCUUAUCUUGGAACCCAUUCCAUUCUACUGCAUUCCUACCAGGUAUCAUAUCCUGAAAGCUCUCCUGGAAAAGAAAGCAUACUUGGAAUGGCCCAAGGACAGGCAUAAAUGUGGGCUUUUCUGGUCAAACCUUUGAACUGCUAUUAAUGUUAAUCUAUCAGACCCAAGAGAAAUGUGUGAAUUACAGACAUUCACAGAGCUGAAUGAAGAAUCCCAAUGUUCUUUAAUCUCUCUGGUGAGAACAGACUGCCUAUAA